AUGAAGGAUGGGCAGGAUGAGGACUCGGAUGAGAUCUGGGGUGGGCAGAGACACGCGAGCGAGAUGAAGACGCCGACGCGCAGGAAGGCGCGAACCAAGGCGGAGCGCGAGGCGAGCGCGGCGUCGUACGAGUGGAGCGCGUGGGCGUCGUCGUGCGGCGUGAUCUCGGUCGCGAUCACGGCGACGUACUUUAGGAUUUUGCGUGAGGUGGACGUGAAUGGAGGAGUGUUUCCCGUGGCUGAGCUCGUGGCGCAGCUCGCGCUCAUCGCGGGCGCAGCCGUCGGGAUGGAGUUUUACGCCCGGUACGCGCACAAGCACUUGUGGCACGGUUCUUGGUGGACCAUGUCGAACAAGUAUCGACAGGAGUGGAACAGACCGAUAUGGCUCUUGCACGAGUCUCACCACCUCCCUCGGGAGGGCGCGUUCGAAGCGAACGACGUCUUCGCGCUGAUGAACGGCGUCCCGGCUUUCGCUUUGUGCGCCUUUGGCUUCUUCACCCCGGGCGUGUUCGGUGGUCUGUGCUUCGGUGCCGGUCUCGGGAUCACCCUUUUCGGAAUCGCGUACAUGUACGUUCACGAUGGUCUCGUGCACAAGCGAUUCCCCACGGGUCCGCUCGGGAAGCUCCCCGUGAUGCGCCGCAUCGCCGCUGGACACACCAUUCAUCACACCGAAGCUUUCGAGGGCGUCCCCUGGGGUCUGUUCCUCGGUAUUCAAGAGCUCGCGGCCGUUCCCGGCGGACUGGAAGAGCUCGAAAAGGUCGUUAUCGCUGCCGAGCGUAAGGAAAAGCGCGACGAGCUCGAGCUCGCUCGCCGCGCCUCGGUCGGUCUCGUCACCGAGGGCGCGCACAUCCCGAGCAUGAAGGAGGCGCCGCAGUGCAAGCUUCCCGAAGAUCCCUGA